AUGCGCCCGGCUCCGUUCUCAGACGCGUGGCGUGCAACGCCCAUGCAUGUAGAACCACCCCCGGCUGCGCCGAUGCACAGCCUGGAGGCCACAGCACGGGCCUUCGAUGAGGCCUGGGCUUUUGGUCAGUACGCAGGGCAGCCAGCACGGUUCCCCGCACCCUACUGCGAGACCACGCCCAACACCCUCCGUCCGAUCCUUCCACGCCCCACGACUAGCGACACGCCUCCGACGAUCGAUCCCCGCCGUGUGCUGAACAGCCUCGGCGUCCAGCACCCUCUGUACUCGACUGGCGCCCCCGCCCCUCAAUCGCCACUGCAAGGCAUCACCGAACGCACCCGGACCCUGACACUCGUCGACGAAGGCGCGGUCCUGCGCACGGAGGUCGACGCUGCCGACGCUGCGGCAGGCCCUGCGCCCUCGACCCCUCGGUUCCCGGCCGUGCCCAUCGCAUCCUUGCUCGCGCCUGCGCUCGCCGACAAGACUCGCUCGCCAACACCGCCUCGCCAGGACUCGCCUCAGCUCCAGUACCCUGAGAGCAGCGCUAGCAGCGCCUCGCCGCCACGCCCCUCCUUCGUGCCUGGCAUCCGGGCGGCUCAAGCGUCUCCCGCGGACGACAUGGACACGGACUCCGAUGUCGUCCUCGUGGAACGCUCGGGCCCGUCGUCAACCCUGGCUACUGCCGGGAACACGCCCGAUACCUCCGACUCCGAGGGCUUCGAAGGCGUCAACCGGCCAGCGAAGGACCACUUCAGCCCGCCUCCGGAGGCUGAAGAGCUCGACUCGGACACGGUGAUCAUCAACAUCGGAGACCUCCCCAAAGGAAGACCGCGCGUCCCGGUCAUCGCGCCGCCUGCGGCCCACUCCCCUACGAUGCGCGAGUGCAUCGAACGGAUUCGCGAGGAAUACGAACCCCGGAAUGAAGCCCUUACUUCCUCGUACGACACGGACCGAGACGCAGAGACGUCUGCUCAGUGCGCACUCGAAUCCGCUGCACAUCCCAUGGACAAAUACACCUGCGAUUACGUUCGCAUCGCGCUCGUCAAAACCUACCGUGCCAAGCUGAAGGCCGACCUAAGGCCUCGCCGCCAGACAGCCACACGCGGGCGCAAGCCUGCCAAGGCAAGCGAGUCCUUUCGGGGCAACCAGCUCUUGCACCGGAAGGAGCGCGACGACCUCGGUAAGCUCCGGGACUACUUCGCUCGGUAUCGCACUGCUGACUAUCAGCGCGGCGGUAUUGACGACACCGACACUGUACUCCGGCUCAUCGACACGGCCCUGGAAUUCGACGCGGCCCGCGAAUACUCGCUCGUCCUAUGCACUCGAUGCACGCGCGGCGACUUCGGUGGUCCAGGCGAGUAUCCGACCCAUCAGUAG